AUGGGGAUGAUCGAAGCGUUGGAAAAAGUGAUUGCGAAGAAUUUCAGAACUUUGGGUGUAUUCAUUGGAAGGAGACCAAUUCGGGUAAUCGUCAUCAUGCUUAUUAUAUCGAGCCUAAUGAGCCUAGGCAUAUUAAGACUCGAUGAAGUUAAUAAUGUCAGGACGGAAUACUCACCCAGUAAUGCACCAAGCAGAAUUGAACAUGCUGUCGCAAUGAAUUUCCUCGGACAGAACGGUACGUUGGAUCCAGUAUAUGUUUUAAUUGAGGCACGUGACAACGGAUCGUUAUUGCGUGAUGAAUAUCGAAAAGCACUGAUGCAAUUCAUUAAACGAAUUCAAUCGAAUGUAACAGUUCAAUACAAAGAUCGAAAAUAUGGAUUUAAGGAAUUAUGUGAGCCAUAUUGCGAAUUAAAUACCGCUUUCAUGGGAUUUCUGAGACUUUAUGACCCGAACAAUCAAGUUACAUAUACUUAUCCAAGCAUUGAUCUUUUCGGCUCACAAAUCUUUAUUGGAAACAAUGUUUACGGUGUGGUACUUGAGGAAGGUACCAAUUUUAUCAAGUCAUUCUCAACCGCAGUCAUUGAGCUAUUCAUUAGUGCACCAGAUGAUGAAAUUUUAUAUGAAUGGCAAUUAGAAAUACAACGACAACAUAGUCAAGAAGAAUUUAAAUUACUUAGUAUCGGUCUCACCAGCGAUUGCUUAGUUUCAGUAGAAGUUCGUCGGAUGGGAUCAGAAACUGUGCCUGUCCUUUUUGGAUCCAUCUGCGCUAUGAUAUUUUUUGUUGCAAUUAGCUCAGUCAGGAAAGAUCCGAUGAAAAGUAAACCAUGGGAAUCAUUUAUUGGAAGUCUAAUACCAAUCCUAUCAAUGUUAAUGUCAACCGGAAUACUAUCACUUUGCGGACUUCGAUAUCAAUCAAUCGUUGUUGUCACAUAUUUUUUGGUUCUGUCAGUUGGUGUUGAUGAUGUAUUUAUCAUAUUAUGUGCGUGGGAUCGGACAAGUAUUGCAACGCCAAUACCUGAACGAUUAGCGAUAGCAUUAGAGAAUGCUGGGCCUUCUAUUACAAUUAGUUCACUUACAAAUGCCUUAUCAUUUGGAAUUGGUAUCUUUUCAUCAACGCCAGCUGUGCGUACAUUUUCAAUUUAUUCAUGUUUUGCAAUCAUUGUUUGCUAUUUCUUCCAAUUGAUUUUAUUCACCGCUGUAUUAGCCUUAGGCGGAAAACGUGAACGGAGCAAUUAUCAGGCGUUAUUUUGUUGCUCUAAAGCUGAUUCUAGCGCACGAAAUCGAAUUAUUGAAGAAACAUCUCAUUUUCAAAUUUGGCUUAUUAAAUCAUGGUCUUCUCUAAUAAUAACUCGAUCUACUAGGAUAUUGAUUACAUUGGCAAUGAUUAUAUAUUAUUAUAUAUCUUUGACGGGUAUUCUAAAUAUGGAAGCUGAAAUUUCGGUCGGUAAGAUGGCUCUUCCGGAUUCAUACCUUCAUGAUUUUCAAUUUAUUCUUGAAAAUGCUCUCCGUAGCAUGCAACCAAUCACUAUCUUUGUCAUGAAUCCAGGUGACCUAAGAGAUCCUGAUCGAUUGAAUGGCAUCAAAUCUUUGGUAUCGGAAUAUGAACACAGUCUUUACAGUUACGGUAAUAAGUCAACACUUUUUUGGCUCCAACAAUAUGAAGAAUUCUUAUCAUUUUAUGGUGAAUCAGAAGAUUUCACGUACACAGACAUUCCUGCAUUUUUUAAAUCUGCAACAUAUUUCUUCCUUAACUCAUUUGUACGUAUGAACGAAAGCGCUUGCAAUGAUAAUGUACCGGAAUGCAUUUCAUCCUUCUUCUUUGUCACUAAUUUUCAUGGGGUUAUCAAAUAUGACGAAAUGAUACCAGCAGUUGUUGAUUGGAGGCGUAUAGCGGCUAAAUAUUCUGAUUAUGCUGUGUAUCCAUAUAGUGACCAUACUCCUUUCGUUGACCAGACUGUAGCAAUCAAAGGUACGAUACUAUGGAGUGUAAUAGCAGCAUUGUGCUGUUCGGCAACAGCCUGUUUCAUUUUUAUUCCGAAUCUAAUCAGUAUUGGUUGUGCAGUUUUUUCGAUAUUUAGUAUUAGCAUUGGUAUAUUUGGAUUGUUAUCACAUUUGGGAGUGGACUUAGAUCCGAUCACUAUGGCUGCACUUCUAAUGGCUAUUGGAUUUUCGGUGGAUUUCACAACUCAUAUCAGUUAUCACUACUACAGAACAACAGCUAAGGAUAGUCGAGGUCGUCUUGAAGAAGCGCUGAUAAUAAUCGGUUGGCCAAUGUUACAAGUGGCUAUUUCCACUAUUAUUGCGUUGUUGCCAUUGUUAUUUAAGCAAUCAUAUUUGGCGAUGGUAUUUAUGAAAACUGUCACAAUUACCGCUUUACUCGGUAUUCUCCACAGUCUCAUCGUACUUCCGGCUUUGCUCACUACCAUUAACUCAUUUAUGCAAGGAUCCCACGAAGAAAAAGAAAGAUCUCAUAAAUUGCAAAAAGCGAUCAAUAAAAUCAAAAAUGAGGCUAAGAAAAAGCAAUACAAGAAUGGAGUAUCACAGAUAGGUAACGAUAUGAAAGGAAAAGAUGCAAAGAUAGCACCGAUCUCAAAGCUAGACAUUAUUAGCAUCGCUCCUGAGGCAUAUAUUCAUAAAAUACAGCUUGGUAGAGCCUUAUCAUCUCCGAUAUCAACCGGUGAUAAAAGUAAUUCAUAG